AUAUCAUCUUAUACAACCCUAAAAUGGGUUGAUUUUUAAAACAUGGCGCUUGUCAAUUAUCAAGCGUCGUCUUUUAAAACACGCUAAACAAAAGGAGCCGCUUAAGUGAAUUCGAGCUCGACCUAAAAUCCAGAUUUCCCCGUCUAUGUGAAAACCUUAUCUCUCCCUUCUUGAAACUUCAUGACCUCUUCUCUCUCCUUCCUUGAAACCCUCUCUGAAACACUCCCUCUCUCACCUUUCUAUUCCUCAUACGCACGUACAGGCCAUUGACGCCAUGGACGCCGCGAUGCCAUCGAUGAUGCGAUGCCAUUGACGCAGCGACGUCGUCGAUGAUGCGAUGCCAUCGACAUAGCGACGUCGUCGAUGCCAUCGUCUUCUUCGCAUUAGUCAUCACCGGCCGCCAUCGACGCCAUCUUCAUCCCAAACUUCGUUGACACUCGCAAACUGACGCCAUGAGGUCGACACCACCACCAAGAAGACAUACAACCUCUUCGACAGAAAAGAAAUCAGAGGACAUUGUCGAAGAGGUGACGGUCAUCGUCUAUCUCUCGAUGGCUCUCUCUUGACAGAGCUCUUUCUUGUUGUCUCUCUCUAGCUUGCUCGAUCUCUCUUGCUGGCUGGCUCCAUGAGAGCCUCCCUUCCUCUAUUCCACAGAAAAGGCCUUAUCUCCUCAAAGCUGAAAGACUUUAACCAUGGCACCCUCCCUCUUCUCUAUGCUGCUCCUCUGCGCCUGCAUUGUUUGCACUGAUCUGGUUCGUGGUGCAAAGAACAAGAGGCUCCGGGUUAAGGGACCCGUGAGAAUGCCAACCAAGGUUCUGCACAUUACCACCAGGAAGUCCCCUUGUGGUGAAGGUACCAAGACAUGGGACAGAUUUGAGUUGCGUGUCCACAAGAGGGUGAUUGACCUCUUCAGCUCUUCUGAUGUCGCCAGUUUCCUACGCCAAGAAAGUGGUUCUAACGAAGCUACUGCUAGCGUGGGGGAAGUAGUGUUGGUUCAACCUGCUAUUAAAUGCAGGGGAAAAGUGGUGAUGAUGAAGGUAUAGCUCUGUAUACAUAUGGAGAACUUGACUUGGAGGAUAAUUAGGUAUAUGAAUUUUGGUGUAUUAUUGUAAUUAGGCUUGCAGCUUGCAGCUAGUGGGCCCUAGAGUACUUUCAUUUUUUAGAUUUCUUUUUGUUCUAUUGUACUCUUGAUAUUCUAUUUAUGAAAGAAACAAUUUUUGAGUA